AUGACCCGAUCACUUCUUUUCUAUUUGAGGAUGCAAACCGCAAGGAUGAAGCAGAAGCCGAGACCCUCCUGCCUGACUCUCAAGCUCCGGGAAGUGGCCUCCAUGUAUUUCACAGGGGUGGCCAUCUUCCUGGUCAUCUUGGUGGUCGCUCUGCAAGGCACAGAUCCGAGGGAGAGUGGCUUCCUCUACAGGGUGUCCCUGGACCCUCAAGGCCUCCUGGAGCUCUCAUGGAACAUCAGUUACCCCCUGCAGGAGGUGUAUUUCCAGAUCCUGGUCAAGGAGCUCAAAUAUGGGAUCCUUUUCGGCAUGUCCGACCGAGGAGGCUUUCAGAAUGCUGAUCUGGCUGUCCUCUGGAGUGAUGGACGCCAGUCCUAUUUCGCAGUAAGUCUGUUGCUAGGCUUCUUCCUGCAUUUGGGCUUGGGACCAUGAAGACUUUUCCCUUCUGCUUUGGGAAAUGAGGUUUAACAUGAGUCUGGGUUAGGGGAUCGAGGGAAGCACUUUCUCUGCAUGCAGAAGGUUCAGUCCCAAAAAUACCCCUGCCAAAAACCCUGGAGAGCCACUGCCAAUCAAGUGUAGACAAUACUGAGUUAGAUGGACCAGUGGUUUGACUUGGUAUAAUACAUCUUCCCAUGUUCUCAUUUAACUCAACCUAUACAGAUACAUGAGGGCUUGGAUCUUACUUUCAUUUUUAGAUGAAAUAGCUCAGUGGUCAACCAUCUGCUCUGCAUGCAGAAUGUCCCCGCUUCAGUCCCCAAUGGCAUCUCCAGGUACGGCUAGGAGAGAAAGACCCCAGAGCCUGAAACCUCAGAGAGCUGCUGCUGGUCCGUGUGAGCAAUAUUGAGCUAGAUGGACCAGCAGUCUGACUUGAUAAAAGAUGUUUUCUCAUGUUCAUAUUUCUUUGAGCAUAGUAUCUUGUGUUCAUUGACCUUUCCCCACUAUCAGUUAAUGAGCAGAUCAUUUGUAUUCAAAAAAUUGCACUGUGGGAGAGAAAAUUUCAUUGAAAUUGCAAGGUGGGGAGUUCUGGGUUUUUACCAUGCUUACUUUAUUCCAGCUGAAUCCCCAAGGAAGAUGUUUCAGAAAAGAGCAUUCAUCGCUUGGUUUUCCAUGCCUGCUAAGCACUUUUUGUUUAAGCAAUCCUCCUCAAACAUGUACUUUUAUUAUGCACAUCUGUUUUGAAAAUCUGUUUUCACUAUAUGCUGCGAAUUUUGUUACUCUUCCUUGCUUUAAAAACCUGUCCUAAUGGCCACUGGAAGGUGAUAGACUCCCUUCAUUGGAGGAUUUUAAGCAGAGGUCAGAUGGCCAUCCAUCAGGGAUUCUUUAGCUGUGAUUCCUGUGUUGCAGCAUGACCCUUGAGGUGCCUUCCAGCUGUCCAAUUCUAUGAUUCCACUGUUCUUUUUUCAGUGAAUACUUUAUACCCUUUUAUGUUGACUGCUUAGAUAUUAUUUAUUUUUAAGGCUUUUUAUAAAUCUUGCCAAAUACAUAGAGGCAACUCCUCCCUCGUAGGCUUUUUUCAGAUCAAGAAGCACAGAAAGCCAGGGAGGUGGUAGAAAGCUGGAGAAAGAUUUACAGGAAAGAAUAGGCACACACUCCAUUCUUACAGUGAUGCCAAAAGCUCAAAACUCCUGUGGUGAAGGUGCUUGCAAAGAUGAACCCUGCAGCCUGCAGGAUUGAAUCCACUCACCAACUGGGAGGCAGAGGGUCUGUUUUUGUUGUGAUCUCCUUCCUGACCAAUGUCAGCGCCUGAAAGCCUCAGAUCACUCUGAACAGCCUGACCAAGCAUGAUCCAGGGUGGUCUUCUUGACGUGUGCCAGGAUCCUAUUGAAUUGGCCUGAUUCAGUUCAGGAGUUGGCUGGAUCCAUUGGUGGCUGGAGCCCAUUUGGGCAGAGCCAAAGACAGGCAGAGUUACAUGAUGCCUCCACUGGUAGCACAGAAGGUGGUAGGUGGUCCCAGACAGGGAGAACCACACCGUGAUUGGUUGUAAGUCAGACAACAGGCAUGUGGGGGCUAGGUGUGGGCAGGUUGCUGGGGCAGGUUGCAGCACCCUACCAGCCCCAGAGUAUGUCACAGAGCAAGCCUGUUAGUAAAUCACACAGUUCAAAGUUGGCAUUAACGCUUUACUAGCAAAAACAUGUUCUUUCUGGACUUGGCUGUCAGGUCUAAUGAGCACAGCAGCUCAUUCCCUGUACGUCUUAUUCCAGGUCCCUGCCUCCCCACAGCCAUCUAUGGUUCCUCUUCUCCAGAGCUUAUUCCAAGCAAUCAGAGACUGUGCCUAUGUGCUCCACCCAUUUUAUGUCUCUUCUGGUUCUGGGAGUCAGGUGGGGUAGCUUGUUGCAGCAGGAGGGGGACACACCCAUGACUUUUCACCAGCCUGACUCCUCUCUGCCUCUUGGCUUCCCUACUUCCACUCACCUGCUUCAGCUUCUGCCUCUGAUUCUGGACUUCUCUCUGCUACAGACUCCGCCAGCUCACUACGUCCUGUUGCCUCUUCAGCUUCUGACACCUCAUCUUCUCUAUCUUUUCCCUCUUCUCCCUCUGACCACUCAUCAUUUUCCACCUCCACUCCCAGGGCUCUGAGCCUUCUUUCCUUGGUGGCUUCCCAGCUCUUCCUCCCACCAUUCCUCUGCGUCCAGUCAGUCCGUGACAGGGUACCAGCCUCCACUAGAGCACAGCCCUGUUCUAAAGAAAUCUUAAGAAUGACUGGAGGACAAGGGGGGGAAACUGAAGCCUCUUUCAAAGCAGGAGAAAACUCUUAAGAAUCUGGAAGACAGAUUUUGGCACAACUGUCUGUCAUAUAUGAUCUGUUGUGGGAUGUUCCCCCCCUUACCUGCAGGAUGCCUGGAGCGAUCAGGAUGAGCGACUCCACAUGGAUCCUCAGCAGAACUACAGACUUAUCAGUGCUCAUCAAACGGCUGAGGGCCUCUCCCUGCUCUUUAAAAGGGCUUUCAGCACAUGUGACCCCAAGGACUAUCUCAUUGAGGUAAAAAACUCUUCGCCUCCUGGGGUGGGCUCAAGAUAUAUUGAGCACCAUUAGAAUAGUUGCUGAGUACUCUUGAGAAGAAAACAGUCCUCCCACAAUAUUAAGCACCAAGGGAAAGCUGCACAUCAGUUCGAAAAGUUGUAAUUUUUCCCAAUUGCAUGUCAUUUUUUCAAUCUAGGCUGAUGCCAAACAUACAAAUAUACCACUUGAGGCAGCUAUAAUCUGCUCUGUAAGCAUCUUCUGGAAAUUUAUUUAUUCUUCCUUUAUUUUCUAAAAAGUUAUAUACAACUGUGUCAUAAAAAUAUGUCAAAGAAGCUGCAGCAGCAGAACCAUAAAACCCUACAAAAACAACAAAAAAGUUAAAACGGGCAUCAAUGAACUAUUGUGGAAGGAUGUGUUCUUAACUGCGUAGAUAGGUCUGGCGGAAUAGAAAUGUUUUCAGCAACCGUUUAAAAGUUUAGCACAGAAGAUGCAUACUGAAUUGUUAUUAGUAGAGACUGGGCUGAUGACACUAAAUGCUCAGUUUCUCAUUGUUGUCAGAUGCAUCAUGCCAGUCUAGGGAACAACCAACAAUGUUCCUGCAGAUGAUCUCAGAGAUUAAAGUGUUUAGGACAGGGUGCCAACUUGAAUAGAAUAUUGUGGGGGCCCAGAUAAGCCCCACCCCACAUAACUGAUCACAUGAUGCAGUGCACACACAUCAUUUGAAUGGGAAUGCCCAUCAAUUUUGUGGGGGCUGGCCCCCUCAAAUAUUUUAUAGUGGAGGCAGAAGCCCCCAUGGCCACUAGGAGCUAGCUCCUUGUUCAGGAGGUCCCUGAGGUACCCCAGAUCUAAGCUGCUCAGGGCUUUAUAAAUUCAUACAAGAAUCUUGAACCUGGCUCUGUGGUAGAUGGGCAGCCAGCGCUGCUGUUUUAACAAUGGUGCCACAUGUUGUUGACCAAAUGCCUCCAUCAGCAGUCUAGCUGCAGCACUCUGCACCAGUUGGAGCUUCUGACCCAGUUCCCAAGGGCAGUUGCUCUGCUGCUCAGCUCUGGUCCUUCCUGAUGAAUGUGCCUUCUGUCUUCCCUUCCAGGAUGGCACUGUACAUCUUAUCUAUGGGAUCCUGGAGAAACCGGUCCCCUCCCUCCAAGCCAUCAGUGUCUCUGCCCUCCUCUGGAAAGGCCUGCAACGUGUCCAGCUACUGAAACCCAUCAUCAGGAUCCCACCCCUGCCUGGUGACCUGAAGACCAUGGAAAUAAGAGCUGUUGACGUGGAGAUCCCCAGCCAGGAGACAACUUACUGGUGCUUCAUCCAGGAGCUCCCAGAGGACUUCCCAAAGCAUCACAUCAUCAUGGUGGGUGGAAGAAAGUACAGCAUCUUUCUCCCAACUUCAUAGACUUUGACUCCUUUUCUUUCAUUUCCCUCCAAUCCUUUUACCUUUUUAAUAUCUAUAACAGGGGUCAUGAAAAAGGGAUGCCAUUUUUUCUCUGUGGCAACCUCCAGGAGCCAAUGGUAGGUGGAGUCACAGGUUAAUAGAGGUGUAAGAGGCCAGGGUGCGCUGUGUGUGUGUGUGUGUGUGUGAGAGAGAGAGAGAGAGAGAGAGAGAGAGAGAGAGACCCAUUACUAUUUCUGCAGUAGGGUCCCUGUCUCUAGGAUCAUAGCACCACCCAAAGGGGAGCCUUUUAGCCACUGAGAAGGAAUUUUUCUCACCCUUUGCAUCAAUUGGAGACCAUCAGAAUGAAGGAAGGUUGAGUCAGCCACAAACUAUGGUCUCCUAGGCGCCCUCUGAAGAAAGUGCAUGGGAAGAACUUUGAGGAGUUGUUCCGUACACUCCAAAGCUAAACACUUAGGAGUACUUGAAAGAUGAUUUGAGGAGUUCUGUUAGGUGUCAUGGAACUUUAAGGAAAACCCCACUUAAGAAUGCUGUACAGUGAUACCUCGGGUUACAGACACUUCAGGUUACAGACACUUCAGGUUACAGACUCUGCUAACCCAGAAAUAGUACCUUGGGUUAAGAACUUUGCUUCAGGAUGAGAACAGAAAUCGCACAGCGGCAGCAGGAGGCCCCAUUAGCUAAAGUGGUACCUCAGGUUAAGAACAGUUUCAGGUUACGAACGGACCUCCAGAACGAAUUAAGUUUUUAACCCGAGGUACCACUGUAUAUUGGAGUACUCCAAAUUAUUUGCCUGUGUUGUACCUGCACAGAAAAUAGUAGAUCCAGUCAAAAGGCAACUCACACAGAUCUGCACUGAUUGUUGGAAUGCAUUUCUAAUUAUUAUUAGUGUAUGGAUUAUUCUGAAAUCUUAGAAGGUUGCAUAAUCUUAGAAGGGGGCAUGGUUAUGAUGGGUGGUGGUGUCUGUGACUAUCUUGAAUGAAUUUGUCACUAUGCUGCUGGAGGCAAUGGGGGGGGCAAUGGUUGGGGCUCAUUUCUUUGUAGAGGCAAGCUCUCAGUGAUUCCAUCUGUGCAAGCCAGAGGUUUCUGCAUAUGCCUCUAUACCUUUCUCCAUGCAGAAAAGCAAGAGACAUCUUCACAGCUCAAUUGCAUAUUCUACACUGACAAAAGCACUUGUGGAAGAGACCAGAGAGGACUGGUAAGAGUAUGCCCUGGGUAGCAGCUCUGAGGAUCAGAUCCAGGGCUGACUCGGUGUAAGCUCAGAUCCCCAGGUCAGUCCAGAUCUCCACCCCAAAGUGGCCUGGCUUUGUCCGAAUCCAGUGCACAGCUCCAAUUAAGAGGAGGGUAGGCCUGAAGAAAAGGGAUGCAGGUGGCGCUGUGGGUUAAACCACAGAGCCUAGGACUUGCCGAUCAGAAGGUCGGCGGUUCGAAUCCCUGCAACGGGGUGAGCUCCCGUUGCUCGGUCCCUGCUCCUGCCAACCUAGCAGUUGGAAAGCACGUCAAAGUGCAAGUGGAUAAAUAGGUACUGCUCCGGCGGGAAGGUAAACGGCGUUUCCGUGCGCAGCUCUGGUUCGCCAGAAGUGGCUUAGUCAUGCUGGCCACAUGACCCGGAAGCUGUAUGCCAGCUCCCUCGGCCAAUAAAGUGAGAUGAGCGCUACAACCCCAGAGUCGGCCACGACUGGACCUAAUGGUCAGGGGUCCCUUUACCUUUACCUUCAGGCCCGAAGAAUUCCAUCUCCACCUUUUUUAUAUUUCAAGUCUCUCCUUCCUUUCAGCACUGUUACACUUUCUGCUAUGGGAGGGUUUGUAGGAGCUGCAGAACUGCCCCCCCACCCCCACCCCCACCCUCCCAACAGGAUGAGAGUGAAAUCUGAGAAUCGAGCUAAUGAGGGGGAAAGUCAAUCAGCCUAGAGGGCAAUUCCUGCAGAAUUCCUUAGUCAUCAGCUAUGGAGAGCUGUUAGUCAGACCCUGUCACCUUGCAGGUUACAAGAGAGGUAGGAGGGGGAGGGGGGAAGGAAAGCCAUGACUCAGCAGAUCUCAAAGUCACAGCUGUCCAUAUAGCAACCCACACCCCCACAAGGUGGUUAGGGAAAGAAGAGGAAAAAGGGAAGUGUGAGUUUUAAACAGCAAUCUCUCUUCACAGGGAGCUCUUGAAAUUGUAGCUCUGAGAGGGACAUAGGGGGUCUCUUAAUAACUCUCAGCCCCUUAACAAGCUACAUCUCCCAGAAUCCUUUGUGGUAAGCCAUGACUGUUUAUCAUAGCACUUUAAAUGUAUGGUGUAUAUGUGGCCUUUCACUGUUUUGUUUCAUUUUGUUCUUUUCAAAUACUACAUCCAUUGUCUCCCAAAGCCUAGAUCUAAAGACAGCACUGAGGAUGAUGAGUGGCAGACAUGGCUUUCUCCCCCUCCUCAUUUAAUCUCCACAACUCUGUGAGGGAGGAUAGGCUGAAAGGCAGAGACUGGCUUCCAAGGUCACCAAGUGAACUUCAUGGCCAAUGGAGGGAUUUGAACCCUGGUCUCUCCCAAAUCCUAGACCACUCUAACCACCACACCACACUGAUUCUCUUUGCAGUAUGAACCGGUCAUCACAGAGGGGAACGAAGCUAUUGUCCACCACAUGGAGGUCUUCCAGUGCGCUGCCAAUUUCAACACCUUCCCACACUACAAUGGGCCCUGCGACUCCAAGAUGAAGCCAGAACGCCUGAACUACUGCCGGCACGUGCUUGCUGCCUGGGCAAUGGGUGCACAGGUGUGUCAGAUCGAGAUAGCUGCCCGAUACAGGGCUGGGGCAGAAGUUUCUUCCCAUUCCAUUCUCUUUGAACUGUUUCCCAUCUGUUAAUGGAAAUGAAUUCAUGCAGCUUUCCAGUGACCCCCACAAAACGGGCAUCUUCCACUAUUGCCCAUGUAUUGUGGGAUGACCUUUCACUCUCCCUGAUAGGCAGCAGCAACAGACACCUUCAGACAUCCUGGAAAGAGAUCAUUGGGGGCUACUAGGGCAGAGCUUUCCAAAAUACAUGUCGGGACACAUUAGUGUGUCGGCUGCAAUGUGUAGGUAUGCCACGUGAAUGCUCCCUGUGCUCCUUCUGGGGCUGGAAAGUUUAAUCUCCUGUUUGCUAGGAAAACUGAAUUACUGUGUCGCGAAAUGAUGCAUAUCUAAAAACAGUGUCGCCAGCUUGAAACGUUUGGAAAGCUCUGGGCUAGGGUUUUCCCUUUCUGCAUUGCAGGUUUCCAAAAGUCGUGAGCUCUGCCUGAUACUCCCCCCUUGGGGGUCAGCAUCAGAAUUGCAAUAUUGGGGUGGGGGUGGGGGGCAUGAUGAUGAUGAUUACUAUCCAUCUGGUUAAUUCUCCCUCCCCCUGUCCUUCUUAUAGGCUUUUUACUACCCAGAGGAUGCAGGGCUUGCAUUUGGGGGCCCUGGUUCUUCCAAGUUUAUGCGGCUGGAAAUCCAUUACCACAAUCCCCUGGAACUCAAAGGUAAACAAAACUUUGGUGGUGGUGGUGUUAAGACUUAUUAGUCACUUGUUAUCUAAAAGGCCUACAUGUGACUUACAUUUGAAACAUGAACACCGCCCUGUGAUUGUCAGAUGAAGGGUUGUAUUAUUUAUUUAAUGUAUUAAAUAAAUAAUAAGCAAUAUUAUCAAGGGUCUGGAAUGAGGAUAGGGGACCACUGGCAUCACAGAAUUACAUGUGAAAAGCAUCUAGUGGUCUCAAUAGACCACAAGCUUCACAUGAGUCAGUAGCAUGAUGCAGCAGCAAAAAGGUGAAUGCUAUCCUAGGCUGCAUCAACAGUAGUGUCUGGAUCAAGUGAAGUAACGGUGCCACUCUAUUCUGCCUUGGUCAGACCCCACUUGGAGUACUACGUCCAGUUCUAGGUGCCACAAUUUAAGAAAGAUGCUGGAACACUUGCAGAGGAGGGUGAUCAAAAUGAUAAAGGGUCUGGAAACCAAGCCCUAUGGGGAACAGUUGAGGGAGUUGGGCAUGUUUAGCCUGGAGAGGAGACUGAGAGGAGAUAUGAUAGCCAUCUUCAAAUAUCUAAAGGAUUGUCACAUGGAAGGUGAAGCAAGCUUGUUUUUUCCUCCUCUGGAGGCUACAACCUGAAACAAUGAAUUCAAAUGACAGGAACUUUCUGGUGGUAAUAUCUGUUCAACAGUGGGAUGGACUCCCUCAGACUCAGAGGGUGGUGGACUCUCCUUCCUUGGAUGUUCUUAAACAGAGGUUGGAUUGGCAUCUGUUAGGUGUUAUUUCACUGUGAUUCUUGCAUUGCAGGGAGUUGGAUUAGAUCAUUCCUUGACUGGGGGGCGGGAUGCUGCUUAUGCAUCCCUCAAACCUCAGAGAAGAGACUUUGUGGCUGCUGUUUUCUCCCCACCCUCCCCCAAAUGCCACUUAGCUGCUUGGCUGAGCUUACAAGGCUGAGAACGAAAAGGUGCCUCUCAAAAUAAUGAGCGAAGGGGCAGCCUCUCCUGCUUCUACCACAUUUUGUGACAGCAAGCUGGCUUCAGGGAGGUGUGGGGCGAAGGAUAAGAAAAUGCAAAGUGGCUGCAUUUCCAUAAACACAAAGUUGCCUGCUCCUUGACUUCCUCUGAGUAUUUUUAGAAAGCCCCAGCAUCUGUGCUGCUCAACAGUCACAGGGUGUUGGGAAGCAACUCAUCUAUAAAUAAUGGGGUUUGGUUCUUUCUGUUGAACCAACACCUCCUUCAUUUAUUCUUAACCAUCUGUUGUGCCCAGUUUGGAGACAGGGACAUAAAAGGAGAUGGAUGUCCUGGCCAAAAUCAGAUUAUCUUCCUUUAUGGCUUUAACAUGGGGAUUGGGAAACUAGCCAGUUUGGGUCUGAUCUCGAGAGUCAAAAACCUCUGAAAAUGAGUUACUGAGAACUGCAAGUGGUGAGAGUGUUGCUCUUGCACUCAGGUCCUGCUUGGACUCCAAUUGGAGCAUCUUGUUGGCUGACUACUGCUGGAUAGCCCAGUUGGUUGGAGUGUGGUUUUGAUAACACCAAGGUCACAGGUUCAAUACCCAUAAGGGACAGCUGCCUAUUCCUGCAUUGCCAGGGGUUGGAUUAGAUGAUCCUCAGGAUCCCUUCCAGCUCUAUGCUUCUGUGAGAACAGGAUGCUAAACUAGAUGCUUCCCCCUUUGACCUGGUGCAGCAGCCAGGCUCUUCUCAUUUUCUUCUUCAACUGUGGGGGAGGUAAACAUCUUUUUGGAGUGCUCUUCACAUCUGGCUUAGCAGUGAGGAUGGCAGAGAUUAUGUUGGCGAGUAUGAAGUGGGCUCAUUUUGAUGGGGGCACCUACUGGGGAUGAGAGCAGCCCAGCCCCAAGAUUGGCCAGCAACAUGUUCUUCUGAUGCUUCUUCCAUCAUCAGUCCUGCUAUGAGAAAAGAAUAAGAUGCAGUUAUGGAUUUCCUGCUGGUUCAGAAGGAGCACACACACAAUGAGCAGAACAUCUGGAGUCAAGAUGAGGUCAGAGGGGGCUGAUGAGGGGGCAUGUAUCACAGGACUGCAAGUUCUGAAAGCCUUUCCCCCACCAUCCUUCUCCAACUAGUAUGCAGUUUGCAGGAUGUCAGGUGCCCAGAGGGGCCAUUAAACAGCAGUGACAUUUCAAGCAAACUCAGAGGGGCCCAAGACAGCAGAUUCUACUUGGAUUGGCUGCUAAUUACGGCCCCAGGCAGAGAAAGAUCUUACAUCACCCACUAUGGUGCGUGUACAGCUCAUAAUCCCUGAGUUAUGAAAGAAGCAGGUUUGUUUAUAAGGUGUUCUUAAAGUUAGUAGGUAUGGAGUUUGGAUUAGUAGUAGUAGUAGUAGUAGUAGUAGUAGUAGUAGUAGUAUUUUACAACAUAUUAGCGACUUCUUCUUUACAAAACAAUAAAAAACCCUGCAAUAAAUAGAUAACCCAUAACAUUAAAAACAAAGGAGAGAAAAAUCUAAAACUCAUCUAUAUUUUUGAAAGGCAGGACUGCAACAUCCCACUCACUGAAGAAGCCAUAGAUUAUUAAAUAAUAACAUUUUUAAAGCAACCACAACCAAAAAAUUCAGGGUAUUCCCAUACACACAUCAAACCUAAUCCCAGAUCCAUAUAUAUUUUAAUAUAUACCCAUAAGAACAAAACAUAAGAGCAUGAGAAUAGUUCUGCUGGAUCAGGCCAAAGGGGGUGCAUCUAAGCCCUGUUAGCUCAGAGGCCACACAAAAACCCCCAAUGGGAAGCCUAUAAGCAAGAGCUGAGCUCAACAUUACCCUCCCGUUCUGCAGUUUCUGGCAACUGGUAUAAAGCAACAUACUGCCUUCAGCAGUGGAGGCAGAGCACAGCCUUUGUGGCUAGCAAGCAUUGGUAGUCUUUUCCUCUUCCAUGCAUUUGUCUAUUCCUCUUUUAAAGCCAUCCAAGCUUAUGGCCCUCACUGCCUCUUGUGGGAGUGAGUUCCACAGCUUAACAAUGUGAUGUGUGAGCUCCAUAGCAAGGGUAGAAUCAUCAGACCAUGCCCUGUAAAGCUUAAUUCAUUUCCAAGAUUUGCUGCCUGUACCUAUGAAGAUGAUCAUGGAGACAGCCUAGUUCUACACCCAACACUGAAGGCUGUUCUGCAACUCUCGUUAACAUGAGCUUCUUCUUCUUUUCAAACCUUGACAGGUCGCCAUGAUUCCUCAGGGAUCCGCUUGUAUUACACAGCCUCUCUCCGGCCUUACAAUGCAGGGAUCAUGGAGCUGGGCUUGGUCUACACACCGGUGAUGGCCAUUCCACCAGGCGAAACACACUUCCACCUGACCGGCUACUGCACUGAUAAAUGCACUCAGCUGGUGAGCAGGGGCAUAGCGGUGUGUGUGUGUGUGAGCUGUCACCUGGGCGCAGUUUUUUGGGGGGUUGCAUCAAGGCGCCCUGCUCCGCCGUGGGCUGUUGCCUCCUUCUCAGCACCAUCCAGCUGGAGAGUGAUUGAGAAGGAUGCAACAGGCGCGCACCCUGAUCCCUGCAAGACCAGUGCUGCUUUUGCUAUGGUGCUGCUCACAGGGGCCAGGCCGCAUGCCUGUUGCCUCCUUCUCAGCCACCAUCCCACCCCAAAAGCUGGAGGGAUCAGGAGAAAGACGCAACAAAUUAUGGGCACUCUCCCUGUAAGCAGCACUGCUCUCAAAAGCAGCACUAGGCUUGCAGGGGCCAGGGGAGCAUGCUUGCUCGCUGCACCCAUGAGCCCAGUGUCAUUUUUUUGAGAGUCUUGCAAAGUGACAUUGGACUUGUGGGGUGCUGGGAGUGUGCCCCGCUUUGAAGCAGUGGGUCGGGGUCGCUCUGACAGCUGGCCCCACCCACAGCCUUGCCCCCAUGGUGCAGACGGGGAACACUCCACUGCUGCUGGUGAGUAUGUUUACCUUUAGGCAAGCAUAGCCAACGAGGCACACAGGGAGCUGGCUGCCUUCUACUGAGUCAGACCAAUGGUCCGCUGAGCUCAGUAGUGUCUAAGCACAGUAGCAGCAGUACUGUGGGGUUUCAGGCAGGGAACAAUCCCAGACCUGGGGUCUUCUUCUUGCAAAGCACUGCUCUAUGACUGAGCUGUGGCCUUGCACCAACAAAUAAAGUAUGAUUAUAAUAAUAAUAAUAAUAAUAAUAAUAAUAAUAAUAAUAAUAAUUUAUUAUUUAUACCCCGCCCAUCUGGCUGGGCUUCCCCGGCCACUCUGGGCGACUUCCAAAAGAAUAUUAAAAUACUAUAAUACAUCAAACAUUAAAAGCUUCCCGAAACAGGGCUGCCUUCAGAUGUCUUCUAAAAGCCUGGUAGUUGUUGUUCUCUUUGACAUCUGGUGGGAGGGUGUUCCACAGGGAAGGCGCCACUACCGAGAAGGCCCUCUGCCUGGUUCCCUGUAACUUGGCUUCGCAGUGAGGGAACCGCCAGAAGGCCCUCAGUGCUGGACCUCAGUGUCCGGGUAGAACGAUGGGGGUGGAGACGCUCCUUCAGAUAUACUGGACCAAGGCCGUUUAGGGCUUUAAAGGUCAGCACCAACACUUUGAAUUGUGCUCGGAAACGUACUGGGAGCCAAUGUAGGUCUUUCAAGACCGGUGUUAUGUGGUCUCUGCGGCCACCCCCAGUCACCAGUCUAGCUGCCGCGUUCUGGAUUAGUUGUAGUUUCCGGGUCACCUUCAAAGGUAGCCCCACGUAGAGCGCAUUGCAGUAAUCCAAGCGGGAGAUAACCAGAGCAUGCACCACUCUGGCGAGGCAGUCCGCAGGCAGAUAGGGUCUCAGCCUGCGUACCAGAUGGAGCUGGUAAACAGCUGCCCUGGACACAGAUUUGACCUGUGCCUCCAUGGACAGCUGUGAGUCCAAAAUGACUCCCAGGCUGCGCACCUGGUCCUUCAGGGGCACAGUUACUCCAUUCAGGACCAGGGAAUCCUCCACACCUGCCCGCCUCCUGUCCCCCAAAAACAGUACUUCUGUCUUGUCAGGAUUCAACCUCAAUCUGUUAGCCGCCAUCCAACCUCCAACCGCCUCCAGGCACUCACACAGGACCUUCACUGCCUUCACUGGUUCUGAUUUGAAAGAGAGGUAGAGCUGGGUAUCAUCUGCAUACUGAUGAACACCCAGCCCAAAUCCUCUGAUGAUCUCUCCCAGCGGCUUCAUGUAGAUGUUGAAAAGCAUGGGGGAGAGGACAGAACCCUGAGGCACCCCACAAGUGAGGGCCCAGGGGUCUGAACACUCAUCCCCCACCACCACUUUCUGAACACGGCCCAGGAGGAAGGAGCGGAACCACUGUAUAACAGUGCCCCCAGCUCCCAGCCCCUCAAGACGGUCCAGAAGGAUGUUAUGGUCGAUGGUAUCAAACGCCGCUGAGAGAUCCAGCAGAACUAGGGAAACAGCUCUCACCUUUGUCCCUAGCCCGCCGGAGAUCAUCAACCAGUGCGACCAAGGCAGUUUCAGUCCCAUGAUGAGGCCUGAAUCCCGACUGGAAGGGAUCCAAAUGGUCCGCUUCUUCCAGGCGUGCCUGGAGUUGUUCAGCAACCACUCGCUCAAUCACCUUGCCCAAGAAUGGAAGAUUUGAGACUGGGCGAUAGAUUCUCGUCCUCAUGGUUCUGAAUAAAGGGCUGAAUUAAAUAGGAACAAAGGAAGUUGAUCUUGUAUCAAGUCAGACCAGCAGUCCUUCUACACUCAGUAAUAUCUACAGUGGUCAACAGCAGCUCUCCAGGGUUUCAGGCAGAUGCCUCCCUUGACCCUACUUGGCAAUGCCAUUAGGGGUUGAACUUGGGACCUUCUGCAUGCAAAGCAUAUGCUCCACCCCUGAGCUAUUUCCCUUCCCCAGAAUCAUGACCAGUGUCCAAACCAGGGGAAAAACAAUGCCAGUUCUAGAUAUUGUGUAGUGAAACCACUCCACGAGACAACUUGCAGUUAGCCCUUUUUUGGUGUUCCACAUUGAUUUCUGAUAACUGAGUAGCCACCUUCCCUUCCACUUGAAAGCAUUUGCCAUUUGCCAUUCAAUCCUCUGGGCCACAAAUAUUUGUGCGACCUGUCUUGCCAGGCACUGCCACCUUCUGGGAUCCACAUCUUUGCUUCCCAACUUCACACCCACCUGACAGGGAGGAGCGUGGAGACGGUGUUGUCCAGAGAAGGGAGAGAAGAGGAAAUUGUCAACAUGGACAAGCACUACAGCCCUCACUUCCAGGUACAGCUUUGAUAGUCAUUAUAUACAGACUAUGUACCUCUCUCGCCCUGACCUAGCCGCUGUGAUCCACAUGACGGUCACCUCCAGGCUUGAUUAUUGUAACUCACUCUAUGUGGGGCUGCCCUUGAGACUGACCCAGAAACUCCAGCAGGUGCAGAAUACCAUGGCGAGACUCCUUACGGGGUCCUCGCCGCGGGAUCACAUUCACCUGGUGCUAUACCAGCUGCACUGGCUCCCGGUGGAGUACAGGAUCAGGUUUAAAAUGCUAGUUUUAAACUUUAAAGCCCUAUACGGCCUAGGACCCUCGUACAUACGGGACCGCCUCUCCUGGUAUGUCCCACGGAGGACUUUACGGUCUUCAAACAAAAACAUCUUGGAGGUCCCGGGCCACAGGAAGGUUAGGCUGGCCUCAACCAGAGCCAGGGCUUUUUCGGCUGUGGCCCCGAUCUGGUGGAACACUCUGUCACAAGAGACUAGGGCCCUGCGGGACUUGACAUCUUUCCGCAGGGCCUGCAAGACAGAGCUGUUCCUCCAGGCCUUUGGCCAAGGCACAGUCUUGGUAAUCCUCAUAGAACUCUAGCCCAAUGGUUGCCAUUAAUUUGAUUCUGAAUUGAUUUUAGAAUGAAUUGAUUUUAGAAUGUAUUUCAAUUAAUUGAUUGUGAUUUUAUGUAAACUGUGUUACUUUUACUGUUGUUAGCCACUCUGAGCCCGACUUCGGCUGGGGAGGGUGGGAUAUAAAUAAUAAUAAUAAUAAUAAUAAUAAUAAUAAUAAUAAUUUAAUGUUCAGCUGUGAUUUGUACCUUGCAGGGGUUGGACUAGAUGGUGCAUUGGGUCCCCUCCAAACUCUACAAUUCUAUGAUUCCAGUGCAUUUUAAAAUAAGCCUAGAGUGUCCUCCAGUUAAGGGACAGAGGUUCUCUACCCUGCCAAGCAAUAUCUCUCACCCUCAAAGCCUUCCAUCACAUUUCCCUUCCACCUCAGUUACCCUCUGCUUACCUGUACAUCUCUCUACUCCUGUCUCUCGCUUUAUUUUAGGAGAUCCGUAUGUUAAAGAAAAUUGUGACUGUUUUCCCGGUAAGCACAUGUCUAAAUGAUGUUUUGUUUAAUCCUUCGCAGGAGGUUUUUUUUUGGGGGGGGACACUGCCACCUUAUUAUUCAUUAAUAAUACCCAUCAGUCCUAGGGAUUUGGAUGAGGAUAACCCUCUGAGGAUGGGGUAAACUCCAAAGGGCAUACACACACCAAAAGAGUUUCUAUUUGGGUCAGUCCUUUGGGGUGUGACAACAGCUGCUCCGACUGAGUGCUUGAUUGUAGAUGGGCUUGCCUCUAGGCAAGGAAUUUGAGCAGGUGGGGGGGGGAGAGAGAGAGAUUUGACCAGGCUUCCAAGCAAGAGAUGGAAUGCUAGGAACCUCUGUUGUUGCAAGAGCAUGAGUUGUUGCUGGCAUCGGUCUGUCUCAGGAGACAAUGGAGUGUGCCUGCAGGGGUUGAGUUAAACCACUGUGUUAGCAGCACAGAAGUUACUCCCCUGGGGUUCAAAGCCUGGGCAGUGUGAAUGGAGGUCCUGGGCUGCCCACACAACAAGACCACCCUCUCAGCCUCGCUGAUGUGGUCCAAAAGAAAGCAGAGCAAUACGUUUGGCACCAGCUUCGCUACAGGAGUUGCCAGAAGGAGACGUACAAGGCACCAUCCAACCACCUUCAAGACUCCACUCUGUAUUUGUAUAGAGUUUACUCCUUGGCCUUUUCUUCUCCUGAAGAUAUCCCACAAGGCAGUGGAGGUUUAAGAUCAGAGUUUUCCUUCUCUCCUACAUGGGCUCCCUUCCCAGGUUGGGAAGCCCUACCUGCCCAUCACUUCCCUCUACAGUGCAUUCAGAAACUGCCUUCUUGACCACUGGGCCUACUAUUGGUCUCAUCUGCUUAGUCUGUUGGAGCCUGUCUUCACAGGCAGGGAAAGUCCCUAACACACCAGGAGCUUGUGACCCAUUGGCUCCCCUCACCUGGUUUAGCAGUUCCUGGGGUGUGGCCACUGUCAUAUGCUGACAGCUUCUAGGAGCUGCAGGUGAGAGCUAAGUGCAGGGUGGGGACAAAGGUGGACAAAUUACCCCUGAAACAUCAUGACAUGUCUCCUAAUCAGAGGAACUGCCCCUCCCGUAACACUCCAUGUGCUGCUCAUAUACCCAGUGUGAUUGGUGAGCUUGCUGCAAUUUUGCUAUUUUAUAUUCCUUGUUGCUUGUCUUGUAUUUAAAUAUUUUUACUGAGUCUCUUUCAUAUUGAUUGGCCCAUCUAUCUCAGUGUCCUCUGCACUGACUGGCAGCAGCUCUCCAGGGUUUCAGGCAGGGAUUAUUGAACGUUACAUGAGUGGAGGCACCAGAUGGCAUGGCGUGGAUCCCUGCCACUUUUUCUCUUGCUGCAGAGCCCUGGUGUCACAGAUGCACAGGCCCAGCUGGUCAUUCUCCCCAGAAGGAACUCUGUUGAAAAGCAUUAGCGUCCCAAGAGGAAGUGAGGGCAGGUGAUGCAGACACCAGCUCUCUAGCGCUUUUCUGUUUAUUUCCAGGGUUUUCUCUCGACACAGACUGCCUUUUUGGCUGGGGCUCUCAGCUAUCCAAACAUGACAAAUUGAACAGAUAUAAGACAAAAAGGGAUGGAGAGGAAAAUAUGCACAGAAACCCUGUAUGGGUGAGAAUAGGAGACAGGGAAGUGUGAUUUAGCUGGAAGAGAUAAGGACAUAAGAGGAGCCCAGCUGGAUCAGGCAAAAAGGCCCUUCUAGCCCAGCAUCCUGCUCUCACUUAUGUCCAUUUACUAUAGGACUGCAGAACCCCAAGCCUGGGGCCCAAAUGCAGCUCUUCAGUCCUUUCUGUCUGACCCUUGCAACUCUCACCAGCCACACCCCUCAACAGCUUGGCUUCACACCCUCCCUGAAUGUUUUUGCAUGACUGUAAAUAUGUCCUUGAACUCUGAUAAUGCCUCUUGCUUGCCUGGAAGGAGGAUUGAGAAAGGAGUGUGUGUGUGUGUGUGUGUGUGUGUGUGUGUGUGUGUGUAGAAACUAACCUACUGCACAUGGGCAAAAUUCAAAUCCAUUGACCUGCCCACUUUCACCUCUGUCCCCACUCACCACAGCCAUGUGACCUCCAAAAAGUUGCCCAUUAGAGAAUGCAGCCCUCAAGCUGAAAAGCUCCCCGCUCCCAAUCCAGUUUCAAAUAGGUGUUUUUCUCCCAACAGGGUGAUGUUCUCAGAACCACCUGCAUGUACAACACUGAAGACAGGACUAAGGCAACUGUGGUGAGCAUCCCUGGAUAGGUUCUGGGAUACAGUAUGGAUUUGUGCCACUUGUGAAGAUAUGCAAAAACCCAGAGGCCAAAGGGGUGCUGCCUUCGUUCUCUGUCUAACACUGCAUAUGACAUGCAAAACCAGAACGAAGUAUUCAAAAUAAACAGUAGUACAAAUUCCCACUCUUAAUCCGCAUUGUUUACAGAUACCCGUAACUUUUUAAUAUUGUGUUUUGUAACAUAGAACACUAUGAUUUUUGGCCUCCUCCUGAAACUGGGUGAGGGUGUAAUGCAAAUGAGACCAUGUCUACUUAGAAGGAAGUCCUGUUGGAUUGAAUGGGGUUCACUCCCAAAUGAGUGGAUAUAGGAUCUGAGCCUUGGCCACCAAGGGCAUGGAAUGAAGGAAAGACUAUGGAAUAUGGGAGUUUGGGUUUGGUGUGCAAUGGGACAGGCCUCUCUCAUGGGAGGAGUCAACAGAGCUGGGUCCCUCCAUUCACAUCUUCUUCUCAAUUUCUGCAACCUACAGGGCGGUUUUGGCAUUAUGGAAGAGAUGUGUGUGAACUACAUCCACUACUACCCCCAGACGGAGUUGGAGCUGUGUAAGAGCGCCAUAGAUUUGGGCUACCUCCAUCGCUAUUUUAAUCUAGUAAACAGGUAAUGCAUUGUAAUUGCCCUAAUGUGAGAUCAUUAACUGAGGGACAAACUGGCUUGCUGGAGGAUCCACCAAAAUGGUCUCUGGUAGGGCUACCUUGACCCAAACUGGGCUGACACAGAGAAAACCCAACCCAGCUUGAAUCCAGACCCAGAAUCAAUUUGUGGGACAGGGCUAAAGUUUAAUUAGGGUUAUUUAAAGCCUACCAUAAUUUAACAUACAAUCAACAGGGGACACUCACAGUCCUACCGGUAGAUACCAUUGGGGACGGAACCUCUUGAAUGUAAAGCAGCUGCUCUGCUCUACUGAACUAUCACCCUGCCCCUUAAAAUAAAGCAAGAUUCUGGUCCCCAGAAUUCUGAAGGAAGGACUGAGUUUAACAGGAACAUAGAAAACUGCCUUAUACUGAAUCAGAUCCUUGGUCCAUCUAGCUCAGUUUUGUCCACUCUGACUGGCAGUGCCUUUUGGGGAUUUUAGGCAGGGAGUCUUUUCCCAGCUCCACCUGCAGAUUCUAGGUAUUGAACCUGGAACCUUCUGCAGGUGCUGUACUACUAAGCUGUUUUUGAUGUUAUGAGGCUUUGCCUUUUUCUCUUCUUCCCUCCCUGAGACAAGAGUUUUCUUCUUCUGGCAGGUUUAACGAUGAGGAUGUCUGCACAUGCCCAGAGACCUCUGUCACAGAGCAAUUUGCUUCUGUCCCUUGGAAUUCUUUCAACAGAGAUGUCCUGAAGUCCCUGUAUGACUUUGCCCCAAUUUCUAUGCAUUGUAAUAAAUCCUCAGCAGUGCUUUUCCCGGUAUGUAUAGCAAUGAGAAACUUUGGGGGAAGCUGGGGGAAGUGGACAGAGAAAUCAAAGGUGUUUUACCAAUUCCUUGGUCUGUGCUGGGUUUCUUUGUCAAUGAACACAAGGGCUAAUAUCUAAGUGAACUAUUGGAAUUAAUGGGUCUACUCCACAGGUUUAUUCAGAUCCUGGGCACGUUGCAUCGGUUUUCCCGAUUGUAAAACCAGCAUUUCUGUCCUGUUCUAAUGUUCCUUUCAUGUGGCAGUACUUGUGGCAUUAUGGAGCUGUGGCUUUUUUUACCACAGUGGCUUUUUUGAUCUAGCCCAAACCCCUGCAAUGCAUGUCAUGCUUAAUGUCAUUCACACCACUGGGUGUGGCAUGACAUAAAGAUGAACAUCAUUGGACAACGCCAAUACUCCCCACCCCUUCUGCACAUGCAAGCUUCUGUUCCCCCACAUCUUCCCCUUGCAAACAGCAGGAUGGAAUUGUAAUAUGCUUAAAAUUUCAUCACUUUACUCCCACAGUUUUCUGGGUUAAGGGGGUUGCAAAUGGAUUUUUUUUCCUGGAAUCAAAUAACAUGGAAAUGAGUGCUAAUCUUCUGCUAUAUUCUGCCAGAUUUCAGGAAGUGGUUUUUACUUUAUUUGAAAGCGCAAAUAUAAAGUGCAAAUUAAUAGUUUGGGGGAAUGGAAUAAAGCGUUGUUUGAAUGUAGCCCACAACAAAUGUUGGGCAAGUUGGUCUUGUCCAUUAAUUUCAAUAGGUCUACUCUGAGUAGGGCUAGCAUUGGCUUCAACCCAUUGCAUUCUUUUUUCAUGAUGAAGACAAGUGGAACAAGUUCCCCUCCUCCCUUCCAAGUAUUAUUUUGCCCUGUUUUGCAUUGCAUGCAUAUUAUUAUUCACAACUGUCUAAUUUUCUCCCCAUUGCAUUGCCCAUCCAAAGGCACAGGAACAUGUUUCUAAGUAGUAAUGCAGGCCUGAAUGGCCACAGUGCGUUGCCUAUGCAUGAAGGUCUACAGCUAGCACAACUGGAGACUCCUCUGGAGCAACAGAUUUAUGCUUUUCAUAUCAGAAGUGCAAAAUUCCAUAGGUAUUUCUCAGUGACAUUGAAUAUAAAGCACCAAACACACAUACAUACACGCACCCCAGCUCUCAGGGCAUCCCAGGAGAAAAAAAUGUGCCUUUUUGACUGUCUAUUUUAGUCUCUUUCAGCCCAAAGAUAGGUCUCAUAGAAAGUGACAAUGAAUAAUCUUGGCCAGGAGGGACAUGUGAUGAGCAGCCUUCAUCACUGAAGACCUUUGCUUCUGUAGUUGGACUUUAAAAGUAAUCACCCAAACUGUUUAAGUCAUAAAUAGAAGGAUUGAAUCCACUUUAUGAAGGGGAAGUUCUUGGAUUUGGAGGACAGUGCAAGGCUAGGGAAACUUUUGUAUGAUCCACCAAGGUAAGGCCUACUAGGGAUGACUCAGAACUCCACAUCUGCUGAUGCCUGGAAUCCAUGUGGUCUCUAGGGGCAAGAGGGGGCCUCCACCCAAUUCCACAUGCAGAAUCUUAACUUCAGUCCUGGUGACUCCAUUGCAUCUGAGGACAGCAGGCUGGUUUAGAGGGUGUAGGUCAAACCAUCGGCUUGCCACUGCUUCCUGCACAUUCCUCCUGAGGCUACUGCCUCACUCUGCUGAAUGAUAAGACCAGAUUUGCAUUCUGGAAUGGAAUCAGGAAUCUGUCGCACUGUGAGAAGACCAUACCUAAAGAAAAUUGGGCUGCUCUAAGCCUCUUUCCCUGAGUUUGGCAUUGGAUGGCUGAACAGUUUUGGAGCUGUUCUGCUAUUCAUCCCUCAUUUUUUUGGCAUCUAGUUCCCAAAGAAGUGGGAUAAUGAACAAAAGGCUUAGAACUGAGAGGUCAAGCACAUGGCCCUGAUUGUGCAGAAAGUUCAGUCCUCGCCAUCAAACACUUAAAGGACUGGAAGUUAAGAAAUGCCUUUGAAAGCAGCUAUCUUAUCAGGACAGAGGUGGGGGAAUAACUUCUUCACACAGCGCAUAGUUAAACUAUGGAACUCACUCCCACAGGGAGGCAGUGAGGGCCACCAACCUAGAUGGCUUUUAUAAGAUGUUUAGACAAAUUAAUAGUGAAGGCUAUUGAUGGCUACAAGCCAGGAUGACUAAGCUCUGCCUCCUGAGGCAGCAAUGGAAGCAGCAAUGCUUCUGAGUACCAGUUGCAGGAAACACGGGGAGACGGCUCUUGUGCUCACAGCCUGUUUAUGGGUUUCCCACAGGCAUCUGGGUGGCCACUGUAAGAACAGGAUGCUAGCUUGAGGCAGCAGGAGGUCUACUCUGAUAGCAGAACUUCCAUGACCAGGGAUAGUCUACUUCUGAAUGCCAGUUUUAGGGAACCAUAAAAAGGGAGGGUUGCUGAUGUGCUCAGGUCCUGCUUGUGGGCUUCCCAUAAUGGACAUCUAGUUGGCCACUGUAAGAACAGGAUGCUGGACUAGAUGAGCCAUUGGCCUGAUCCAGGAAGCACUUCUUAUGUUCUAAACUGUAUUGGGGGGGGGCAACAUUGGCUGUAAUUAGAGCUGACACUAAACAGCAGCUGAAGGCAACUGACAUGACUAAAUCCUUGGAGGAUGGAUGGCGGCUAACAGAUUGAGGUUGAAUCCUGACAAGACAGAAGUGCUGUUUCUGGGGGACAGGAGGCGGGCAGGUGUGGAGGACUCCCUGGUCCUGAAUGGGGUAACUGUGCCCCAUUCAGGACCAGGUUAGCAGCCUGGGAGUCAUUCUGGACUCACAGCUGUCCAUGGAGGCGCAGGUCAAUUCUGUGUCCAGGGUAGCUGCUUAUCAGCUCCAUCUGGUACGCAGGCUGAGACCCUACCUGCCUGCAGACUGUCUCGCCAGAGUGGUGCAUGCUCUAGUUCUCUCUCGCUUGGACUACUGCAAUGCUCUCUAUGUGGGGCUACCUUUGAAGGUUACCCGGAAACUACAACUAAUCCAGAAUGCGGCAGCUAGACUGGUGACUGGGAGCGGCUGCCAAGACCAUAUAACACUGGUCUUGAAAGACCUACACUGGCUCCCAGUACAUUUCCGAGCACAAUUCAAAGUGCUGGUGCUGACCUUUGAAGCCCUAAACAGCCUCGGUCCAGUAUACCUGAAGAAGCGUCUCCACCUCCAUCAUUCUGCCCGGACACUGAGGUCCAGCGCCGAGGGCCUUCUGGUGGUUCCCUCGCUGUGAGAAGCCAAGUUACAGGGAACCAGGCAGAGGGCCUUCUCGGUAGUGGCACCCGCUCUGUAGAAUGCCCUCCCAACAGAUGUCAAAGAGAAAAAUAACUACCAAACUUUUAGAAGACAUCUGAAGGCAGCCCUGUUUAGGGAAGCUUUUAAUGUUUAAUACAUUAUUGUAGUUUAGUGUUUUGUUGGAAGCCGCCCAGAGUGGCUGGGGAAACCCAGCCAGAUGGGUGGGAUAUAAAUAAUAAAUUAUUAUUAUAUUAUUAUAAAAUAUACACUUUUAGAUACCCAGCAAGGUCACUUAUUUCCCCAGGUGAGUUUCUCCUCAAAGUUCCUAAAAUAUCAGAACUACUGCUUUUCAGCAACUUGGGGCAGGUCUUUCAGUAUGGCUGCUCCUGUUCUGUAGAACAGCCUGAAUCUUGUGAUGCCACAGGUACAUCCUGUUGGCACUUUCCAGAAACAAAUGAAGAUGUUUUUGUCUGGACAAGCUUGUCCAGCAGGAUGAAGUCUCUAUCUUAGGCAUUCACAGAAUCAGAAUCAUAGAAUCAUAAACUUGGAAGGGAUCCCAAGAGUCAUCUAUUCCAACCCCCUGUGAUGCAGAAAUCUCAGCUAAAGCAUCCAUCCAACCUCUGCUUAAAAACUUCCAAUGAGGUCAGAAUGUUCUUCCCGAUGUUUAGUCCAAAUCUCUUUUGUUGCAACUUGAAGCCAUUGGUUUGGGUCCUACCUUCCAGAGCAGGAGAAAACAAGCUUGGUCCAUCCUCCACGCGAUAGCCCUUCAAAUAUUUGAAGAUGGCUAUUGUAUCUCCUUUCAUUUUCCUCUUUUUCAGGCUAAACAUUCAGUCUGUUAUCAUUUAUAAACCUCUUGUUCAUUGUUGCUGAUUUGCAUGGUUAUUCAAAAUAUUUCUUAGCAGUUUUUAUAGUGUAUUUGUAAGUUACUGUGACUUACCGUGGGAUGUAUGUAAAAUGAUGGUGAUGAUGAUGAUGAAUAAUUAAUAAACUGCUUCUCUCUCCAGGGUGAAUGGGAGAGGCAACCUGUACCAAAGAUCACAGAGAUACUACCGGAACCAGAGUCAAGCUGCGAGCCCAACCUAGUCCGUCCCCCAGUGUCUCCCACUCUUGUUAAACUCAACAAGGUGCCUUUAAAGUGAGAGCUGGACCUAACUUAGGCCUCAUCCACACCUUACAUUUAAAGCACUAUGAUACCACUUUAAACUUCCCCCAAAUAUUAUUUCCCUCCAAUAAUUCAUUAAGGGUACAGAGAACUGUUAGAAGAAUGGGGAUGGGGUGUGUGUCUCCUAACAGGGUUACAAUUCUCAGAGUGGUUUAAUAAUCAAUCCCUUUCACAGCGAACUCUGGGAACUGUAACUCUAACAGCUUUCAACACCCUGAACAAGCUACAGUUCCCAUGAUUCUUUUUUGGGGGGAGCAGAAAUGUUAAGCUGUGAUAAUACUGCUUGGAAUGUAUAGUGCAGGUUGGGCUUUUAAGCAGACAGCUGCAAUCCUCAUAAAGGGAUAAUGGGCAAAGGGGAAUCUCUUUACCACCCCAGGAGGCAGACCUAGAGCCAGGGUUUUUUGAGGUGUGUGGGGGUGUUGAGUGAAGCUCUGUUCAGAAGUUAGAACAAGCCUACAGAGAGCAGUAUGCUUGGAUUUCAAUCAUAGCAGCUUGCGGGUGAGCGACGGGACUUUUUCUCAAACAAAAAUGAGCCUCACAGAUGUAUCUUCAUAGAUGGCCCCAUUCUGAGGCACAUAACAAGGCCUGACUCCCCUUUGGCUCUGCCUAUAAACCAGAUCCCACCAGGUGUUCCUCUGACCCACCCCAAGUUCUGCUCCAAAGCUCAAAAGAGGAAGUCUUUUAAAAUAAUAAUCAAAUUGAGUGGGAGUGUCAAAACACAGAAAAUGAGCCUAAUGCCCUCUGUGUUGAGGAAUGAUUGGUCUGUGGACCUGAGCUGAUGUGAUGGAGGAACACGGACCAUCUGUGUGUGUUUUUCACCCACAAACCCGUUAAUAGUUACAACUCAACCUGCAACAUUUAUAAAUAAACGUAAUUGCAAAUAUCA